AUGAAUGAAGAACAAUCAAUUAAACAUAUACAUAUAAAUCAUAAAUCAAUAACAGAUAAUAAUGAUAAUCAUCAUGAUCAUCAUCAUUUAUUAUCUAAUGAAUUAUCAUUACAAUUAUUACAUCAUAUUAUUAAUUAUUAUAAUAAACAAAAUUAUUCUCAAAAUAAUAUUGAUUUUAUUCAAUUUAUUAUAUCAAAUUGGAAUCUAUUCAAUGAACAAUAUAAAUUAAUUAUUUUAAAAAAUUUAUUAAAUUAUAUUACAUUAUCUAAAUCAUAUAUAAAUGAUGAUUUAUCAAUUAUUUAUAAUCAAUUAAUUAAUCAAUAUUCAAUAAAUAUAAAUACUAAUACUACUACUACUACUAAUAAUAAUAAUAAUAAUCAAGAUUGGUCUAAUAUAUAUACAUUAAAUAAUGAUGAUUAUAAUGAUAAUGAUAAUAAUGAUAUUGAUCACAUGAUUAAUCAUGAACCUGUUCAUCAUCAUCAUCAUCAUUGUAAUAAUAAUAAUAAUCAUUCAAUAUUGAAUAUAGAAUCACAAUCCAUUGAAGGGAAUAUGAAUCGUAUAAUGAGAAAUCUACCAGUGAAUAAUAAUAAUAAUAAUUCAUGUUUAUUCCCAUCGAAACCACCAUAUUCUUAUAUUGCAUUAAUUGCUAUGGCAAUAAAAUAUGCACCAGGACAAAAAAUUACUUUAAAUGGAAUUUAUCGAUUUAUCAUGGAACAUUUUCCAUAUUAUCGUGAUAAUCGUCAAGGUUGGCAAAAUUCCAUCAGACAUAAUCUUAGUUUAAAUGAUUGUUUUAUUAAAUUACCACGUGAUAAAAGUCGACCAGGAAAAGGGAAUUAUUGGACAUUGUCAACAAAUGCAGAUGAAAUGUUUGAACAUGGAAAUUAUCGACGCCGAAAAAGACGUACUAAAUCUUCUAUAUUCAUUGCACCAUCCUCCUCCUCAUCAUCAUCACCACCACCACUUUUAUCAUCAUCAACAGGGUCAAAUUUGUCAACAUCAAUAUAUACGGCGACAACAUCAGACAAUGCAUCAUUAUCAUCAAUAUCGAAACUAGCAAAAUUUAUGAAACUAUCUAAAGACUCUCAAAUACCAACAGAAUCUGAUAUUCAUUCGUCUACUUCUUCUUUUUCUUCUUCUUCUCCUUCAUCUUCUUGUUCGUUAUCAUCAUUCACUUCUACAUCUGUUUCCGCUACCUCCUCCUCCGCUUCCUCUUUUUCAUUUUCAUCAUCAACAGAAUCUUCUUCAUCAAGAAUUAUAAAUGAUCCAAGUAUACCACAUUCAUCAUCGCCUCAAUGUUUCUAUACACCACAGAUGUAUAAAUCAUCGUCGUCGACGUCAUCAUCAUCAGUCAAUAUAAUAGACGAUUGUAUAUAUUCUAAACAUCGUUAUCAUUUAGAUAAUCCUUCGAAUAAUCUAUUUUUAUAUCAUAAAUUGAAUAUAAAUGAUCAACAUUCAACAUUAUGGCCUACUCAUAUUAAUAAUAAUAUACAUGAUUGUGAACAUCAACUAUUAACCAUACAGAACAAUAAUAAUAUUCCAUUAAAUAUGGAUUUAUAUCCAACUAAUUUCAAUGAUAAUAAUAUGAGAAAUCAAAAUAAAUUAUUAUCCAAUCGAAAUCAAUUAAUCACUGAAUAUUAUUCAUCGACGACAUCAUCGUCAUCAUCAUCGUCAUCCUCAUCAACAUUAUCAUCACCAUUCAAUAACUGUUUACAUUCAUCUACAUCUCAUAAUAAUAAUGAUAAUAAUACUACUAAUAGUAAUGAUAAUAAUAAUAAUAAUAAUAACCAUCAUCUCAUCAAUUGUCUGCCAGAUUUUUCUAUUCAAUCAAUAAUUGGCAGUAAUAAUGUAGAUAAACAAAGUAUACAGUUAAAUGUUCAAUAAUGAGAUAAAACUAAAUCAUUCAAAACUUAAAUAUAUGAAUACUACUAUAAAAUACUACUGAUAGUAAUACUUUAAAUAUUACUAUUGUUCUUUAUUCUUUUCUUUCUAUACAUGUUAUUGUUAAUUAAUCUAGUUGUUUUAAUAUAAUUUCAAUGGAAUAUAAUAACAUCUAUUGCAUUCCUUGUUUAUAUUUCAUUCUACCUACCUAUACAUGUAUGUAUGUAUGUUGGUAUAUAACCUGUGAUCUAUUAAUGGUUUGUUGUUUGAUAAAAAGAAAGAAAAGAUUAAGCAUCUUUCUUUCUUCUUCUUCUUCUUCUUUCUUCUUCUUCUUCUUCUUCUUCUUUUCCUUCUUUUUGUUUCUUGACAAUAUUUCUUGCAAAACUAUAAAAUAAUUUGAGAAACCUUUGUAAAUCUAAGAUAAUAAAUCAUUUAUAUCUAUAUAUAACUGUUUUUCUUCUUCUUCUUCUUCUUGAUGAUGAUGAUGAUGAAAGAAUUAUGUUCACGUAUUCGUAUGAUAUAUUACUUAAUUACUUAUUUACACCUGAUACUCUUCAUGAAGGAGCAUAGAUCGCCCAUCAACACUC